AUGCGUGUUAAGAAAGCCGAUACUUAUGAUACAAAACGUGUCUGGGCUUACGCCGUCAGACUUGGAACUUUUUCGAAGGGAGGUCGCUGGUUACUGGCCAGGACCCAGAGUUUCAAUGCCCCGGGGAAUCCGACCCAAAGAUUCUUUUCAAAGACUAUUUCUGCUAUUCUAGGUGACUUGUGCGCCGUGGGAUUAGUGGGAGAACACAUCUCGCUCGAGCAAAGAGAGACUGGUCUCGAGGGAGAAGGAACGGAAAUGGUUCUCCGCCUAGUGCGAAAAAUGCUACAAUGGGAACCGGAAAAGCCAAACUCUGCUAUUCAACUCGAGCAGGACAACUGGGUGUAA